CAUCAAUCAUGAGCAGUGGGUUUUGACCCCGUUGGGAAGUAAUGUCAGCAAAAAAGAAGUGUUACACAUAUGCUGCAACAUUAGGGUUUUCCCUGAGAAAAUUCGAUUCUUUCAAGCAAUUCAUGAUUUGGUCAGUUGCUUUCGAGAAGUAGACUAAUGCGCAUUCACGUUCGUAGCGGUCGCGAAAAUGGCAGUAAAACAAUGUAAUAUUCGUGGAGACACAUGGCGUUGCUGCUUAUUGGCAAUGUUACUACUUGGUGAAGCUAUCCAGCAAAACGAGGCAUCUCUUGCGUUUCCCAAUAUUCGAGAAGGAAUGAAAUUGAAAUUUGGCUCAAAAAUACAGGAACCUAGUACAAGUGAUAGCAAUUCGAGUGAUACAAGUGUUGCUCUCGUUGUUCCUUUGGAAGAACCUGUCAUGUCCGAAGAUGACGCAGAGAAAAUCCUUGAUGAUAUCAGAUUCUACACUACUAACGAUAACACUGAUGAUAACGGACUCCGCUUUUUCGCUGGUGCAAAUACCAGAAUAUUGCGCUAUCAACAGCAAUUUGGGCUGAAAGAAACAGGCGAGCUAGAUCGAGAAACUAAAAUAUCGCUCCAAAGUCCGACAUGUGGCGUGAGUAACGUCGCUGCGUUCGGCGAGGACAAGAAGUGGAGCUCGCGUUAUCUCACAUACUACGUUAGGAAUACUCCAUGGGGAAUCCCCUCGAGGACUGUUAAAAAUCUUAUACGUAACGCUUUCGACCAGUGGAGUAAGGUGACGAACCUUGAAUUCGCUGAGUCUAACGACCCAAAGUCUGAUAUGGAGAUUUCAUUUGGUGGUCGAAGGCAUACUAAUAGAGAAAGCAAAUGUCAAGAUGAUCUAGGGAAUAAUACGUUGGCACACGCGUUUUACCCGCCGAUCGGAGGAAUCCACUUCAACACCAAAUUCUUCUCCGGAACCAUGAACAAAGAUUUGUUUCUCACGACUGCAAUACAUGAAAUCGGUCAUUCAAUCGGGCUAGAACAUUCUUUUUCAAAAGCUUCAGUUAUGUAUCCCAAUUUUGUAACACACUUUUCCGAAGUACCGAAGCAGGACGUUGAGAAUAUUCAAAUGAAGUACGGUAAACGCCAGAAUCAGACAACAACCAGAAUACCAACUUUUUGUGAUCUGACAAAAUACGAUGCUAUGCUGUAUUAUCAAAACACGUUAGCCAUAAUCGCAGGAAAGUACUGCUACACAAAGUUCAACGGUAGAGAUAAGCCGACUUUACUCAGCGAGAUGUGGCCAGGAGCUCCUGAAACACUGGACGCCGCAGAAAGCAUUGGUCUUCAUACCUUUUUAUUCAAAGGUGAACAAGUGUGGGUUUUCAAGGAUGCCCGGUUACAAGUAGGUUAUCCUCGCAAAAUCCAUGAAGCAUUUCCAGGACUGCCCAAGAAUUUGGAUGGUAUUUUCUACGAUAAACAAACACAUAUGUAUGCCUUCAAAAUGGAUCAUUACUGGAGGUACAAUACGGAAAAGAAAAAUGUCGAUCACACAGACGGCAUAGAAGAGUAUGGUUUGCCCGGAAGGAUCGAUGCAGCAAUUUUAGAGAAUGUUCAGAAAAGAAUAUUUUUCUUCAAGGACAGCGUAAGAUAUAUAUACGAUUUAAAGACUCGCAAUACAACACGACAUGACGAUCCGAUGUUUUGCUAG